AUGAUUCACACAGGAGAGAAGCCAUUUUCUUGCUCGGAAUGUGGACACGUCUUUGCACACAAGGAACAACUAAUCAGGCAUGAGAAGACUCACACAGAGUGUGACAAAUGCUUCCGAGAAAUUGGUCAUCUUAUUCGGCAUCAGAAAAUCCACACAGGAGAGAAGCCAUAUAAAUGUCCAGAAUGUGACCAGGGAUUUGCACACAAGGCACAUCUUACUGUACACCUGAGAAUUCACACAGGAGCAAAACCAUUCAGGUGUUCAGAAUGUGACAAAUGCUUCUCACACAAACAAUCUCUUGCUUUGCACCACACGACUCACACGGGAGAGAAGCCAUAUGCAUGUUCUGAAUGUAAUGAGUGUUUUACAUCCAGACCACCUCUGAUCCAGCAUCAGAAGAUUCACAUCAAUAUUUGA